AUGAAAUUCCGCAAAAAGCUCUGUCGACAUGUUGUUGCGACUUGGGAUUCGCACUAUAUACCAUAUCAGCGUUUGAAAGCAUUACUGAAACUGGCAAAAUACAACAAUCAACAGCCCUCCCCAGAUUUCUAUACUAGCUUCGUGGAGGCUAUUAUAGCCAAUACUGCAUUUUCUCUGCACCGCCGCUCUGUAUUGCAACACGAAGAGGAGCAACUUGAAAAGCAGUGGAAUAUUGGUGCACACGCCAAGCACCAUUCACAUCUAAUCUACCUAAACUGGUUGACCCUGCGGGAGGCUUUGAUAGAGCUUUCAUGGUUCUACAGAGUCAACCACGAAGCCAUGAAUCGCAUUUCCAUCAAGCUCGCUCGAUUCGCCCAAGCCUCUAGCCCGGAAUUGGAAGACUAUCGAUCCAUUAUUCGUGGACGCUGCGCAGAACACGAACAGGCGUACAUCAAAUGCGUGAAUCAACUUGACAGAAUCCAGGCCAGAGUGGCCACAUACCAAAACAAUUAUUCUGCCAGUUGGGUCUACCGUUGUAACAUUGAUCAGGACUAUGGGGUGGUCGCUGACAUUAUGAAAAGUGGACAUGGCCAAACCCCCCUUCACUUCUGCGCUACGUACGGUAUAAUCAAUCUUUGCAAGCACGUAUUGUCCAACAUCAGCCUGGUUGAAGAGUCCAUCCUGCUCCGAGAUGAAGCAGGGUUCACGCCAUUGCAUGUCACUGUCACUCAUGGUCAUGUUGAAGUUACCAAAUUGUUAUUGUCUGCUAUGGACAGGCAACCUACAUUGGUACCGGACGAUCUCCUGCAUAUAGCACUUCGCCGUGGGGACGAUACUAUGGUGAAACUAUUAGUUACUAGAUUGGUGGGCCUCAAGUACAAGUCCAAUUCCGGGGAAAGCUGUCUUUAUAUCGCAGCUCAGCUUGGACGGGAAGAUUACCUUCGCCUACUAUUGCCUUUGGUUGAUUCUGACUUCGUCGAUAUUGCCGAAUCUGCGUGCCAAUGGACGCCUCUCUUCAUUGGCUGUGUAGAAGGACACAGCUCAACUGUUAGGCUGCUCUUAGAUGCUGGAGCUGACACGACUCGACUCGAUUACCUUGGAUGGACCGCGCAAGAGAAUGCGGCAUUCAGGGGUCACAUGCCAAUCGUCGAGAUGCUUUCAACUCUCAAUGCAACACCGAGACCUAGAUAUUAUCUACCUAGGAAUGACCCACAGUUUAGUAGCGGAGCGAGGGUUGAUGUUAGCCCAAGGCUGGCGCACGUUGUUCUUAACUUGGGUAGCCUGCAAGAGGGGAGUCCGGCAAAAUCUUCAGCAUUAGACCUUCCUGGCAUUUCUGGUCAUGGCCUCGUACUAAGCAUCUCGACUUCAGAAUCUACCCUAUCAAUUGAGCGUGUGAUGCCUCUAUUCGAUGACCCAGUUGACGAUACAUUGGUAUUCGUCGUAAAACACCCAGCAGAAGCAGCGAUCGUAUUCGAUGUCCGUAAAAAGGGUGCUGAACGAAAUGACUCUGGUGCCCUUAUUGGUACUGGUGUUGCAUUUUUAUACAUCCAAACUCCAUGUUUGGGUGUCCGACAUGGCACUUUGAUGAGAGAACAAACCGUGCCAAUUCUGUGUAAAGACUCUCUGAGACUGCUAGGGACUAUAACCUUCUCAUUCCUGAUUGUAAGACCAUACUAUCAACUUGGAUACCCAUCGCCUAGUGCUAUGUAUCUCGGGGCACCAAGCUCAGUCCAGCUUGUAGGACAUCGAGGGCUUGGCCAGAAUUCCCGCAAUCGAUUCCUUCAGCUUGGAGAAAAUACGAUUGAGUCUUUUCUUGCUGCUAGAAAUCAAGGAGCAACCUUUGUGGAGGCCUCCUUCCGCUUCGCAUGCUACAGCUACUCAUUCAGAACAGAUGUCCAACUCACAAAAGACCUUAUCCCUAUACUCUUUCACGACUACUCGCUAAGUGAAUCGGGUACAGAUGUCGCGAUUCACGAUGUGACCCUUGAUCAGUUUAUGCAUGUCGCUCGUAUCCAAUCCCCGCAAUGCAAUCCUCCAGCUGUAGAUGGAAGUUUGGAAAACCAGACAGCCUACAGUGAUAUCCACAUUCACAGGCCACGCUCAAGAUCGGUCACGAUGGUUCACGAAAGGGGUGCAGAAGACGUGAAGGACAGAAUAAAGCACACAGUAGACUACCGGAAAAAAGGUUUCAAACCCAAUACACGAAGAGACUUCGUUCAAGAUACAUUCGCUACUUUGGAAGAUGCGCUUUGCAAUGUUCCUGUCGACAUAGGAUUUGAUAUGGAAAUCAAAUAUCCGCGUAUUCAUGAGGCUCUUGAAGCCGGGAUUGCUCCGGUUUCUAUUGAAAUCAACAUCUUUGUUGACACCGUCUUAGAUGGGAUUGCUCGUUUUGGUGGAGGUCGCAAAAUCAUCCUAUCGUCUUUCACCCCCGAAAUUUGUAUCCUGCUGGCAAUCAAGCAAAAAUCAUACCCAGUACUCUUUAUCACAAACGCCGGUAAGCGUCCAUUGUCUGAUAAAGAGAAACGUGCUGGUAGCCUACAAGUUGCGGCACGGUUUGCGAAACAAUGGGGGCUGGCUGGCAUCGUGGUUGCAGCAGAUUCUCUAGUGAUGUGUCCGCGUCUUAUCGAGUUUGUCAAAAGCCAGGGACUUAUUUGUGGGAGUUACAAUGGCCUGAAUAAUGAGCCGGCAAAUGUGCAGAUCCAAGUUAAGGCUGGUAUUGACCUUAUUGUGACAGAUCGCGUCGGACUUAUAUCUCAGACUUUGAAAGGGCUAGGUGCCUAG